GGGGCCCCACCGCAUAUAAACUGGAGAGCCCGGCAGUGGAACUCAGUCUCACUACUGCCAGACCCAGCAACCAAGCAGGCAGAACCAUGGCUGUGUUCCGUUCCUUGCUGCCACAGCUGGGGCUGCUCCUGUGCCUGGCUGUGGGCUUUUCUCCUGCCUUCUCUGCAAGUUAUAAUGACCCCUGCAUGGUCUUUGAUGCAAUCUCUUACUCCACCUCGGACAACUUGGGAAUCAGCACUCACAUGGAAGUCUCUGGCGGGAACAUAAACUGGACAGUGCGGGUUCCUGUGAACAGUUCCAUCAGCGCGGUGAUUCUGAAAGCAAUGAACCAGAGCAGCCCCUCAGUGGGUGCCUGGGUUGGAGCAGAUGAGGAGUGCAACGACACCAGUGUCCUAUAUCGAGUGACACCUUCCAACAGUUCCGUCGUCGUGGCAACGUGGAUAGUUCCCAAUUCUGAGAAUGUGACUCAAGUCAGCCUGCAGGUCUUCCUUGCUUCCACCAACCAAACAGCUAUCACGUCACCUGUGACACUGGAAUGGCGAGCAACACCUGCACCCUUGACCCCCACCUCUAAGAUUCCUGGGAUCAGCCAGACCACAACUGUGACUGCAGCCAAGACCCCAGCCAUGACCACAGAGAAGACUAUGAGUACAGCCAAGUCCACAACUAUGGCCAAGUCCACAACUAUGGCCAAGACCACAACUAUGGCCAAGACCACAACUAUGGCCAAGACCACAGCCAUGACCACAGAGAAGACUAUGAGUACAGCCAAGUCCACAGCUAUGGCCAAGACCACAGCCAGAAGCCUGGCCGUCAACGCUCUGGGCAGUCCCCUUGCAGGUGCCCUCCACAUCCUGCUUGUUUUUCUAGUCAGCAAACUCCUCUUCUAGAGGAAACAGGGGAAGCAAAUCUCCAACGACCUACAGAGAGCAUCCUCCCAAAGCUAGCUCCAGGCCAGUGCUUAAACACGAGUGAAUGAAGGUUCUACGUCCACAGCACACAACUCCGACCACAGAACUGUGACACUCUGAGGAACACAGACGUUUGCCUGGAUCUUUCAGGGCACAAAUUCAGCUUUUUUGUAAAUACUUAGAUCAGCCUAGCUGUAACCUCGAGUUCUGACUCUCCGUUUUACAUGCUGAUAGCCAAUCUGAACUUCUGUUCAUUGCCAAAGGAUUCCCAUGAGCCUCCUGGGUUUGUUGUGGGAAGGGAGAUUCUUCUUUACUUUCACGAUGAUUUCAGGUUUCUAGCCAAAUCUACUCAGGUUACAAAGAACUUCUGUGACGUAUGUGACUGAAGGGAAAAAAGAGACAAGAGUGGUAGUCCCGUGGCUACUAGCAGAUCCCCGUUGUGCCCAGACCAGCAGGUUUUGAAGAGUAGAAGUAUAUGAAAACUUUGUCUGAGAAGCCAAUGACAGGACCCGUUAUUUUUUUCCUCUAAGUCAAAUAAACAAUACAUUGAACAAGAAUAAUGAAUGUUAAAUUGAAAGAUAAGCUUUAAAUGAGUGAUAAAAUACAAAGUGUUACCCAAAUUUGUUUAUGUUUUUAAAAAUGUGAGUGGAAUAUUAUGUGUGUGUGUUCUCAAGAACAGAUGCAAGGUUAAUUUCUCUCAAUUUCGUUUUGGAACUUGUCAAAGCUGAUUACUCCUUGAUGGUAAUUUUAACCAAGACAUGGGCAA